CAACCCAAACCCAUCUUGUUUCUCUUUCAAUCUUCAUGAAAAAUGGUCAUCUUCUUUUGGUUAAUUCAUGUUAAAGCACAGAGAUGAUUAGCUAUUUAGCUUCCUUCCUUGAGAUCAGUCAUGAUUUUUAUUAGUUAAUUGUUGGGUCGAAUAAGUGGGCAUAUAUAGAUAUAGCGAGUUCCUUGAGCGGAGUUUUGAUUAGCUUCCUUUCUCAGGAUAUUGGCGAAAUUUACUAAUCAAGAUGUUGCAGGACGUUAUUCAUCCACCCGAACAACAACUUGAUCCUCUGGAAAAUAUUUCCAGCCCCAUAAGUGCUCAAAUGUUUGAGUUUUCUGACCAAGACUUGUUUCCGGAAAACUUACCAAACUCUGACGUAUCCUCAUCAAAUAACUGCUGCUAUGAGGAAAACUCUUCAUACGCUGCAAAUCUUUCAGAUGCCUCGUAUGCUUUAGAUGGAACAGGAAUGUACAGCAAUAACAACUUUAGCAUUAGUAACAACUGUAACCCCAAUGAUAUACUUAACACCAUGAUAACCAACAAUAACUUGCCCAUGAUUUUUGAUUCUCAAGAUGAGAAUGAAAAUAAUAUCACCUCAGCCAUGAACUUAUCAUCGUCAUCUCCAAAUUUGCAAUACCCAAUCCCUCCCAUGAUCACAACCCAAGAAGAAGAAUUCGAUUUUUCCUCGCUACAAGUACCACCGCUUCCAUUAACAGAUGACACUAAUGGGUUUUUGUCAUAUUCUACCAAUCCUAUUUGCUCGUUAGCAGGAUCCGGACCACCAUUACCAUCCAUAUUUGAAGAUGAUUGUUUAUCCUCUUUACCAACUUCUUAUGCUAGUUUAGAUCCAUGUUCACCGUCUUGUUCUUGCAUUGAUCCUUCUGUUGGAUCAUUUUUGCCCGCGAAUUUCACUAGCACUACCCCAUUGUCAACUGAUUGUGGAUCGGGAAUAUUCUCGGGCGGCAUGCUUAUGGGAUCCGAAUUGCAGCAAGAACUGGAUCUCCAAGGAGAUAACAGUAAUGGUGUUUACGUUACUGAUACCAUGCAACGAGUUUUCAACCCAACUGAUAUUCAGGCACUUAAUCAUGAUAAUCAACUGCUAGUAAAUGAGUGUAGUAACAAUAACACUACCCAAUUAACAUCAGAGUUAGCAAGCUUGGACGAAUCUUCGUACAAAGUUGGAAGACUGUCAGUUGAAGAGAGAAAAGAAAAGAUUCAUAGAUACAUGAAGAAAAGAAAUGAAAGGAACUUCAGUAAAAAAAUCAAGUAUGCUUGUCGAAAGACUUUGGCGGAUAGUCGACCUCGCGUUAGAGGAAGGUUUGCAAAAAAUGACGAUUUCGGAGACAGUGUUAGAAAUAGUUGCAGCAAUCUUGAAGAUGAUGAAGUAGUAGGAAAAGAGGAAGAUGUUGAUUCUUCCGAUGAUAUAUUUGCUCAUAUCAGUGGAGUUAAUUCUUUUAAAUGCAACUAUGAUCUCCUUCAAUCUUGGAUCUGAUCAGAUCAACAUCAUACAUCGUUAUCUAAGGGCAUCUGCAUAUUUUGUACAAUUCUGCAUGUGCAUGGGAUCCCCCAUUUUCUAUCGCAUAAAAAUAAUAUAAUAGAUACUCUAAGAAAUAAGGGGGUGACUAAAUGUACUUUGAUUUUGGAUAUAUAUCAGGGGCGGAGCCAGCCCAUUGCUAGGGGUUGCACUUGCACCCCGCCCAGCUGGCUCCAAAGCCCAUUUUAGGUUUUAAAA